AUGACAGACAUCGCUAUACCUGAUGUCCAACGCGCGUGGAUCAACCUUCGAGGAGGGACUCCGGCUGAAGCUCUCAUAUUGAAGUCGGAUUGGCCUGUGCCCAAGAAGCUAGCACCAGGCGAGGUGCUGCUGAAGGUACAAGCAGGUGCACUUAACCCAAUUGGAUAUAAGUUCUUUGCAGUUCUUCCGAACUUCCUUGCGGGGAGGCCGCGUGUGCCAGAAUACGAUCUAUCAGGCGUCGUAGUCGAUACGAAUAAAUCUCGAUUCAGACCAGGGGAUGAGGUCUACGGCUGGGUUCCGUCGAAUCAAUUCCGGUCGAAGGAAGGAGCCCUCUGCCAGUAUGUUAAGGUUUCAGAGGAUUGGAUUGUCUCGCGACCCCAUAACGUUACCCCUACACAAGCGGCGGGCUUCACACUCGCUGGACAGACAGCCUAUACCGCGUUUAUGAGGCACAUCAACAUUCAACCCGGCCAACAUAUAUUUGUUAACGGCGGCAGUACAGCAGUUGGGGCCUUUGCAAUACAACUUGCUAAAAUAAAGGGGGCGAAAGUAACAGCAAGUGCUUCAGGCAAGAAUGAAGAGUUCGUCCGGCGGAUGGGCGCUGAUAAGUUCGUUGACUAUACAAAGGUAUCCGUAUUGGAAUACUUGGAGAGCUUUACGAGAACAUCGAACCCAAAGUUCGACUAUAUCCUCGAAGCUGUGGGAAUCAGUGUCCCAACGAUGUAUACAGCCAGCGACUCGUAUCUAUCUCCUCAAGGAGCUUUCUUGUCUGUUGGCGUCCAGCCGAAGGACACCUCGCUUCCUGAGCUUCUUAAUGUGGCGAAAUGUUUUGUGGCCAUGUUCCGACCAAUUUUCCUGGGCGGAAACAAAGCUCGUUGGAUAAACGUAUUUGUGUUUAACCAUAUCGAAAACAUGGAUCAAUUCCAGAAAUACGUGGCCGAAGGUUCCCUUCAGCCAAUCGUCGACUCUGUAUACGACUUCAACGAUGCUCUAAAUGCAUACGAUCGUAUCAUGAGCAAACGAGCGACUGGGAAGGUGGUAGUCAGAGUUGACCCAACUUCUGAAUAA